AUGGAUAAUUCUGAUGAAAUUGUAAUUAUUGAUUUGAAGGAUCCCUGUUUUAAGAAAAAUUCAAGAGGAUUUCCAGAAGGUCCAGUCCAAUUAAAAGCUUUGGAAUCCAAUACACCUUUUCUUCAAUGGGGUGGACAUAUUUAUCAGGGCCGUUGGGAAAAUAUGAUUGGUACUGAACUGGUUUUUGAUGAAUCUGGACAAUGGUUAGGUCAAGGACGUCGACGAUUAAUUAUGGAACGAGUUCAACUAGUUUCUAAACAUUGA